UUAAGUUCUAAGAUAACUAUGAUGUCAACGUCAAAGUUACCGAUUUCACCCGAUGACCAUGAAUUCGUCAUCCCGAAGAAGUCGAUUAAAAUACCGGCUGAUAUGACAGUUUGGGAAAAGUCAGAAGCGUAUUUUGAGUAUUUAGGAUUUAUAUUAGCCUUAAAUGAGUCAGUUCAAGGAAAAGCAUUAACCGUUGAAUGCUCAAAAAGUCCUGUAAUAGAAAAUGUAAUUCAAAUGCUUAAUAAGUUUGAUGAAUGGAUAACAGAAAUACCUCCCACUGAACAGCCUCAACGUUUUGGUAAUAAAUCAUUUAGACUAUGGCAUGAAAGAUUACAACAGAAUGGAAUAGAGGAGUUACAACAAGUAAUUCCAGAAAAAUUACAUAGAGCAGUACCAGAAAUAGUUCAAUAUUUAUAUGAAGGCUUUGGUAACCCAACACGCAUAGAUUAUGGCACAGGACAUGAAAUGGCAUUUUUGAUGUUCUUGUGUUGUAUGUUCAAAAUUGGUGCUUUCACACAAGAUGAUAAAGUUGCUGUAGUUGUCAAAAUAUUUAAUAGAUAUCUGGAAUUAGUACGCAGAUUACAGUUAGUUUAUCGGAUGGAACCUGCAGGUAGUCAUGGUGUUUGGAGCUUAGAUGAUUACCAAUUCGUUCCAUUUAUAUGGGGAAGUGCCCAAUUGAUUGGACAUCCUCGUAUAGAACCACGCCACUUUGUUGAGCCAGACAUUAUUCAGGCUUUUAACAAGCAUUACAUGUUUCUUGGUUGCAUUGAAUUUAUUGCAAAGGUAAAGAUAGGUCCAUUUGCUGAACAUUCAAAUCAGUUAUGGAAUGUUAGUGCAGUGUCUUCAUGGGUCAAAGUAAAUAGUGGUCUUAUUAAAAUGUACAAAGCUGAGGUUCUAGCAAAAUUUCCUGUUAUUCAACACGUUCUAUUUGGUUCUUUACUACCGAUAAAAUCGGCAUCUGCUUCUGCUGUUGGAAAAGAGCCUCGUCAAGAUCAAGCUGCGCAAUCAUCGCGUCCUCAGUAA